CUGCAGCAUUUUUAGGUUGCAGGUUUCUCCAGUGACCAAUCUGGAAUAUAUAGGAGGGAAAUGAGAUGAAACAAAACAAAGAGGUAGGUGAGCCGUGGGACAAAGUCAACCCUGUCAGCCACCAGUUCCAGCUAUGAUGCUCUAAGUCACAAUAAGUCUGAACACUUGCUGUCUAUGGAUCUGCUCUGACUCUUAGAGCCUGCUUAUGGGGGAAGGUGACGCCAUCUGGUCCCCAUCUGUCCUUCCUCACGGCACCCUCGGCACCUUAAGCCACUACUCCCAGCCACAUUUUGGGAGAAAGAUGGAGUCAAAGGUCUCAGAAGGUGGCCUGAACGUGACCCUGACAAUCCGUCUGCUGAUGCAUGGAAAGGAAGUUGGAAGCAUCAUCGGGAAGAAAGGAGAAACUGUGAAAAAGAUGCGUGAAGAGAGCGGUGCCAGGAUCAACAUCUCUGAGGGAAACUGCCCGGAAAGAAUUGUGACCAUCACGGGCCCCACGGACGCCAUCUUCAAGGCCUUUGCCAUGAUCGCCUACAAGUUCGAGGAGGACAUCAUUAACUCUAUGAGCAACAGCCCUGCCACCAGCAAGCCCCCAGUGACGCUGAGGCUGGUGGUCCCCGCCAGCCAGUGUGGGUCCCUGAUCGGCAAAGGCGGCUCCAAGAUCAAGGAGAUCAGGGAGUCCACAGGUGCCCAGGUCCAGGUGGCCGGGGACAUGCUGCCCAACUCCACAGAGCGGGCAGUGACCAUCUCGGGGACCCCUGACGCCAUCAUCCAGUGCGUCAAGCAGAUCUGUGUGGUCAUGCUGGAGUCCCCACCGAAAGGUGCCACCAUCCCCUACCGCCCAAAGCCCGCCUCCACCCCUGUCAUUUUUGCAGGUGGUCAGGCCUACACGAUCCAGGGACAGUACGCCAUCCCCCACCCAGAUCAGUUGACCAAGCUCCACCAGCUGGCCAUGCAGCAAACCCCCUUUCCUCCCCUCGGACAGACCAACCCCGCUUUCCCCGGAGAAAAGCUGCCUUUACACUCCUCCGAAGAAGCUCAAAAUCUGAUGGGCCAGUCGUCAGGUCUGGACGCCAGCCCCCCGGCCAGCACUCAUGAGCUCACCAUUCCCAAUGAUCUAAUAGGCUGCAUAAUUGGACGCCAAGGGACCAAAAUCAAUGAAAUUCGACAGAUGUCUGGAGCUCAGAUCAAAAUUGCCAAUGCCACAGAAGGGUCAUCCGAGCGCCAGAUCACCAUCACAGGGACCCCAGCCAACAUCAGCCUUGCCCAGUACCUCAUCAAUGCCAGGCUGACAUCUGAGGUCACUGGGAUGGGUGCGCUCUAAUCCUGCCUGUUGGCCUCCAGUCCGUGAACCCUGACCUCCACCCGGCUCGCACACUCUGUACAGACCGCCCACCCACCCUUCAUCGCAAAUAUAGAGGUUUUCUUUACUAACAAGUUAUCUAUGCCAUAGACAUACACACGCCAACAAAGCAAAUCUAUAUUAUAUCUCUGUCAGCUCCAGGCUCUGUCCCUGAUACUUCCCUCGGAAUUAAUUUAUGCUCGUGUGUUCAUGCAUUGGCAUGCAGUGUUAAUUAUUUUAAAUGCUUUGGGGGCACUCCCAUCUGUGACAUUUUAGAAAUUCUGUCCGUUAGUGUCCAUGUACCUGUUUAUGAAUUGUUUUGACAUUUUGACAGCACUUCCCACAAGCCGUCUCUCCUAGACCGCCUAGAGCUGUGGUUGCUUUGAGCGGGUUUGCUCCCACCCAGCACCCCCUGCUGACUCGCCACCGCCCCCCCCCCCCCGCCAGAGCCUGUGCUUGCUCAGCCCACGUGUCCACAUAGGUCUGCACUGGGGGCAGGGGAGAGAGAAUGGAGGACCGGGUCCUGGGCCACAGUGCAGGUGAGGUGGGGGGUGCUGGAG